UCGUCAAAGAAAUACCUUUAACCUAAAAGCCAUACGCUAUCGCUGAAAACAAUUACCCGACGACAAUAUCACGAAACGUUUCGUCUUAUCUCAUAGAAAAAAGAAAGAAGAAGAACAAAAAUGAAGAAGAAAAAGAAAAAGAAGAAGAAGAAAAAAAAAAUAUGCAAACAUUAACGAUUUCAGUUUUUCCUAUAAAUAAAGGUGGUCGGGCCCACCGUACGUGUUAUAAUUGUACGGCCAAACGAGAAAUCAUUCGUCAUUUCUCAAAAGCAAUGUUCCGAUUCAACAGAACAGUCUUCAUUUUUCUUCUUCUUCUCGGUGCAGUUCGUUUUCAGAACGUCGAAUCUACGAUCGAUAUUUUCAAGAUAAUCGAACCGACACGGCGUUUAUAUUGUCAAAUAAAUUGCGUUGAUCUCAACAGUUGGAAUUUCAUUUGGAACUCGUUAUGUUUGAAAUUAUGUCCCGAAUUAGUAUUGCUUGUGACCACCGGUACGUCCGCACAGACGAUGGAAAAUGGCGUUUCUACAUCGGCGCCGACAAUUAUGACGAUGCCAGGUACAUCCACUUCGACCGGUGGUGUAUCAUCCUCGACUACGUCGAGUUCAGGGAUGACAAUGAGUACGAUUGCAUCAACUUCUCCGGCAUCAACUUCUUCUGGAUCAACUUCUUCUGGAUCAACUUCUUCUGGAUCAACUUCUUCCGGAUCAACUUCUUCUGGAUCAACUUCUUCUGGAUCAACUUCUUCUGGAUAAACUUCUUCUGGAUGAACUUCUUCUGGAUCUUCUUCAGCUUCUACAGCAAGUACUAUAAUGUAGGGAUCAUUGAUCCGAGUGGAUUUCUCAUCUCAUAAUUGUUGAUCAUCUCAUCGAACAAAUACAAGAUGGCGUUGCAUGUUCAAUUAUAAAUACGAUGAUAAAUUAAUAAUGUUCAUAGGUCUGUUCAUAUGUCCGAAUUUAUCUAUUGCGUUUAGAGAAAACGUAAAUACUUUU